AGCUUGGCUCAGGACGGCCGCGACAGUACGCACACCAGAGUCAGCAGCCGAGGUCAACAGAACCCGCUGCUACUUGCAGAAGGAGAUGUGCCUGGCCGGCGCCCACAUCCGUCACGACUUCGGGCAUCGCGACUUGGAUUUCCUCGCCGCUGUGCUUUCGUCCGCCGCCGUUCAGGCGCAGGACAAAGGCAUUGUCGGGUGUUUCCGCAGCCUGGACGAUUUGGAGCUGGACGCGGCUGCGCCCAAGGAUGUGCCCGCAGUCGCCCCCGGACACGGCGCGCGGGUAUUCCUGCAAGAGAGGCGGACGCGCGGGUACCUGACGAUUGCACAGGCUGAGGCCGGCCACGAGCAGGUCGUCAUGACCAGGAGCGCCGCGUCCUUGUUCGAGUGUCACCGCAGCGACGUGGGCCUCGCGCGCCCCACCGUCCACAGCUGCGCCGCGCUGCAGCUCGGCAUGCUCGACGUGUCGCGCGUCGCGGAGGAGACCUCGCUGACGUCCUCACGGAGGCGUGCGCGGGGGUCGUCGCCGCAAGCGGCAGCAGCACCCCGGUCGUCAGCUUCGCGCACGAGGAGGGGGCUGCCUGGCUUCGGCGCCUUCCUGUCGGCCGGCAGCGCCACGUGGUGGCAGGGCUGGUUGCGCCCAGGUGGCGUCGACGCGAAGAUGCAGUGCAGAGCUGCUUCUCUCGGGCUCCAGGAGAGGUUUCGCUGGAUGGACGACGGGACCAUCCAGCAUGUGCCGUCUGGGAAGUGGCUCUACGUUGACCCGACGAGUCCGGAUGAGGCCGCCAGGAGGGAGGGAGCAGCUGGGAGGCGGUGAGUGCACUCUGAGGGCGACGUGGGCAGAUCCAGGUCCGGCUCUCCACCCUCCGUGCCGCACCGAGGUGCGAGGCCCGGACGCGGGAGGACCUGGGAGCGAGCCUGGGAGCUGGCGUCGUUUGGGGAGCUGAGCACAUGUCCACAUCUGUUUGCAGCUUGUUCGAUGCUUUGGCUUUCCGCAGGGUACGUACUAAGGAGACCACAGGCGUAGUCCGGUUCGGCGCGCACACGUUUCGGAAGUCUGCGCGGAUUUGGCCGCGCAGCAAGUUUGCGGUUUCGUGCUCUGCGAGUAUGCUUUUUCAGGCCCGCGCGCAAGGCGGGUAACGAGCACGGUUCGUCCCACGGAGGAUGAGGUGGCCGGCGUGAUUGGCGAGGAGCCUGCCUGCCCACAUUUGAAGGCGGCCGCGACCAUACGAGUCAGCUCCCAGUUUGCCGCGCAUCGCCCACACUGGCAGCGGGGCUGGCCUUGCUCGAUCGACGCAGGGGUGGUGUCUUCGGAAGCUCCCUCUUCGAUCCAUGUUCAAAUUAUACGUGUGCAAUCAGGACGGCCGCCCCGCAUGACCCGUCGAAGCAGUGCACCACCUCUUCAUGCUCUCUGCCUCGCCGGCCCAGGGGCACCUUCGCAUCUUGCGCUCCAGGAUCCCUUCACCCACACGACUGGUUUCGGCCGUGUCCAACGCCUGCGCGUACACAUAAUUACACCUUGCCUCCGCGGCCAGGCGCGCGGGGGCACCUGUGGUUUGUCGGUGCCAGCGUCAUCGGGGACCAACAGAGGAGCGAGUGGAGGA